AUGGAGGAGCUCACUGAUGAACCAAACAAAAAGGUCAAGACACUUAAAAAUGAUGUUAGGAGGAAAUGGAUGCCAGAUGUCUCAAGCAAGAAGGCUUAUAGAGCCAAGAAAGCUGCUCUAGAUGUAAUCCAAGGGAAUCAUGAGGAACAAUACUUGAGAUUAAGAGACUACUGUAUGAUUUUGGUUAAGCAAAACCCAGGGUCAACUGCCCUUUUGAAGGUGGACAGGCUUGUGCAUGAGCCAGCUGUGGUGUUCCAAAGAUUAUUUAUCUGCUUUGAUGCUCAAGCUAAGGAACCUUUCAUAGGUUUAGAUGCAUGCUUCCUCAAAGGCCCUUAUGGUGGACAACUUAUGCAUGCAACAGCUACAGAUGGCAACAUCCAAAUGUAUCCUCUGUGCAUGGCCAUUGUGGAAGCUGAAUUGAAAGAUAGCUGGGCUUGGUUUUUAGAGAAUCUGUUGAGAAUCAUAGGAAGACCUGAGGAGAGGGGAUGGUGUUUCAUGUCUUAUAGGCAAAAGGAUUUGAUUGAAGCAUUCAAGCAACUCAUGCCUAAUGUGGAGCAUAAAUUUUGUCUAAGGCAUAUGUAUGCCAAUUUCAACAAAACCUACAAAGGAAAAGAAUACAAAGAUAUGUUUUGGGGAGCAGCCUCUGCCUACACAAUUCCAGAGUUUAAUGAAAAAAUGGCAAAGAUAAAGAAUGUAGACAAAAAGGCACAUGAAUGGCUACUGAAUGAGGUUCCAGAUGUUUGGGCUAGAGCUUACUACAACCCUAGGUCCAUGGUUAACAGGAUGGAUAACAACAUGAGUGAGGGGUUCAAUACAUGGAUAUCUGAAGCAAGGGAUAAGCCCAUAGUGACAUUGGUAGACACAAUUAGGAGGCAACUUAUGGUAAGAUAUGUGGCCAGACUUGAUUACAGUAGCAAGUUUAAGGGUAAGUUGUGUCCAAGUAUUUCUAAGAAUGUUGAAAGGAAAAAGGUUAAUGCAAGAGGACUGCAGGUUAUAUACUCAGGGGGAUUAGUGUUUGAAGUGACAAGUGCAAAUAAGGUAUAUGUGGUUGACAUUGGGGAGCACAGGUGUACUUGUAGGAGAUGGGAUCUAAAUGGAAUUCCUUGCACUCAUGGAUGUGCAACUAUCAUAUCUCACAAGGCCCAACCUGAGGAUUAUGUAAAUGAUUGUUACUCAAUUGAGACAUUUAUGAGGACUUAUAGUCAGAGGAUCUAUCUAAUACCAGAUAAAAUCUUGUGGCCAACCACUAAAUGUGAUCUCAUAAUGCCUCCACCUAUAAGAACACCAAUUGGGAGGCCAAAGAAGGCAAGGAGAAAAGGAGUGGAUGAGCCCUAA